CUUAUACUUUUUAAUUUUGGAUUAGGAUGAAGAAUAAUCGUGGAAAAAAAUCUCUGUGACUGUGUCUCACACUGAAGGCGUCGAGCCUCAGCCCAUGAUCUUCAAUUUCAUUACUCUACCCAGCUUCUCUUUCUUUCUCCCGUCUCAAACAUGUACAACAGAUUUCAACCUUUUGAUUCGUAGAUAUACAGCAACUCAAACACUGGCCGGAACUUAUACUCAUAUACAUGUAUAUUUGUUAGAAGCACUAGUAGUGCUAAACAAGUAGUAGUAUUAGAAGAAGAAGAAGAAGAAGAAGAAGGAUGCUUAGGAGGAAUAAGGUGAAGCCUUCUUCUUCUUCUGUUGAUUCAUGGCCUCUUCUCAGCAUCGUCGCGUUUUUGUUGGGAAUAUACCAUAUGAUGCAACUGAGGAACAGCUUAUAGAUAUCUGCCGGGAGGUCGGUCCAGUUGUGUCUUUCAGAUUAGUAAUUGAUAGAGAAACUGGGAAACCAAAAGGUUAUGGUUUCUGUGAGUAUAAGGAUGAACAGACGGCUCUAAGUGCGUGUUGUAAUCUUCAGGGUUAUGAGAUCAAUGGCCAGCAAUUACGGGUUGAUUUUGCAGAAAUCGACAAAGGUGCUGACAGAAAUCGGGAACAGGGCCGUGGGGGAUCUGGACUUGCUGCUAAUAUUGACCCUCAGAAGCAGUCAACCAACUCAGUGAUCCAAGGGGAGUUCGUUCAUUGUCAGCCAAUUGGUCUCCAUAUAGCUAUAACUGCAGCAGCUGUCAUGGCAGGAACUCUAGGUGGUGCUCAGGCUGGUAUACAGUCAAAUCCAAAUAGUUUGCACAAUCAUUCAGCAUCGGCCAAUGAUCCUUUAACUCUCCGUCUUGCCAAAAUGUCUAGGAGUCAGCUGAAUGAAAUAAUGUCUGAGCUGAAGGUAAUGGCUACAGAAAACAAGGAACUAGCUCACCGGCUAUUGCUUGCAAGACCACAGUUGCCAAAGGCUCUUUUCCAGGCACAGAUAAUGCUAGGAAUGGCGACUCCACAAUUGUUGCAGAUGCCAAAUAUUAGGCUGACUUCAGGUCAAUACACUCAGCCUUCAUUGCAUGAUAGCCAGCAGGGCCGGCCACCAGCAGUGCAAACUCUUCCUGGGCUACCCUGUCCUGCAUCAAACAAGAUGCAGUCUGGGUUGAUGGCCAAAGUGCAAGAAAAUCAAGUUGCUGGAGUGCCUCAAAAUUCUUUGGUUCACAGCCAAUUUUCUGCAUUCCCACAACCUCAAAACCAGUUUCCACAACCUACAAAUAACCAUAUCGUACAGCAGGCCACAAUUCCUGCACAGACUGCAGUCUCAGUAUUUCCUGCUGUAUUACCCCCAUCUUUGGGCAAUUUAUCCUCUAGACCACAAAUACUAGCAGAAAAUUCCUCUUCUUUGAACCAUCAUAUACAGCCCCCUUCACUACAGCGCAGUGGACAGGUUGGGGCUGCCAGGAUACGACUUAGCUUUCAUAUGGUUAAUCCAGAUGUUGACAUACAGCCUUCUCUUUUAUCGCAUCCUCCCUUAUCGGAUGCAGGCUUUCAGCCUGGCCCCUCAAAAUCAUUAGGUGCUUUGCACGCAAUUAACAAGGAUGCUGAUAUAUCUGCCCAAGUUCCUGAUAGUGGAACUCAGGUCCACAGAAGUAAUGGAUAUUCUAAUUCUCCUUGAAGUUGCAUUUUUCGAGAUUCAUUAGAACCAAUUGAUCACCCUCAAAAGCUGAUGAAAUUGGAUGAUGGAAGGAGCACCGCUUUCUCAGCAGGAAGUUUGAAUGCAACCAACAUCAAUGGAUCUGGACCAUCUCAAGUUUUUGGAGCUAGCUCAUUGCAUGAAUCCAAUUCCAAAUCUGAAGGGCAAUAUACUGAGAAACAAAUUUAUGAGCCACAGCUUCCACCUGAGGUGGAGUCUGUCUUACUGCAACAAGUGUUGAACCUGACACCAGAGCAGCUGAGUUCAUUGCCUCCAGAACAGCAACGAGAAGUUAUUCGACUCCAACAUGUUCUUCGGAAAGAUCCAAUUCAGCCAUCUUAGGAGAGGGAGUGACAUAUAAAUGGGUCAUCAAUGCAGCAAGCCUGUCUUGGCACACUGCAUGAAAGACGAGAGCUUGCUGUCCAUUCAAUCAAAUUCUAAUUGCCUGUAAAAUUAUUGCUCACGAGGGAUCAUGUGUGAGCGUCCAUUCACAUAAAGUUUAAGGGGGCUGCGAUUAACAUGCCUGCAAAAGAAUAGUUUGAAAAUGAUAAAAUGUUUUGUCUUAUCUUCCUGUUGUCGUCAAUCCGAAAUGUUGGUUGCAGUUGCUUUGGAUUCA